AAGUCCAUUCUCUUUUUCUCCAAUUUUCAGCGGCACCAUAGAAGCUUUCGGUUUGCGAGAAAAAUGUCGAACGAUAUUCGAUUCUUCGACCUCAACACGGGAGCCAAGAUCCCUGCCAUCGCCUUGGGAACCUGGCAAUCCGAACCUGGCGUUGUCGCUCAAGCCGUCGCUGCUGCCAUCAAGAUUGGUUACCGCCACAUCGAUUGUGCUCACAUCUAUGAGAACGAGAAGGAGAUUGGCUCUAUGUUGAAGAAGCUGUUUGAGGAGGGUGUAGUAAAGCGCGAGGAUUUGUGGAUUACAUCUAAACUCUGGAAUACUGAUCAUGCUCCAGAAGAUGUACCGCUGGCAUUGGACAGGACUUUGAAAGAUUUGCAGCUUGAUUAUGUAGACUUGUAUCUUAUCCACUGGCCAACUCCAAUGAAAAAAGGAACACAAGGCUUCAAUCCUGAAAAUCUAGUGCAAGCAAACAUACCUAACACAUGGAAGGCAAUGGAAGCACUCUAUGACUCUGGCAAGGCUCGGGCUAUAGGCGUAAGCAAUUUUUCCACCAAGAAGCUGGCAGAUUUGCUGGAAGUUGCUCGUGUUCCUCCUGCUGUCAACCAGGUGGAGUGUCAUCCUUCAUGGCAGCAAGAGAAGCUGAGAGCUUUCUGCAAAUCCAAAGGUGUCCACCUCUCUGGAUAUUCACCUUUGGGUUCCCCUGGAACACCCUGGCUUAAAAGUGAUGUCCUUAAGCACCCAGUUUUAAAUACGACUGCGGAGAAGCUAGGCAAAACUCCUGCACAAGUAGCUCUUCGCUGGGGACUUCAAAUGGGUCAUAGUGUGCUUCCCAAGAGUACAAAUGAAGCAAGGAUAAAGGAGAAUUUUGAUAUUUUUGGCUGGUCUAUCCCUGCGGAAUUACUCGCUAAAUUUUCUGAGAUUCAGCAGGCAAGAUUACUGAGGGGUACCAUGUUCGUCCAUGAAACUUGUGGUGCCUACAAAACUGUCGAGGAAUUAUGGGAUGGUGAAAUCUGAGCAAUCUGCUACGUUAGUUCGAUAGAGUGAAUUGAACGUGGAGUAGGAGUUCGUCAGAGAAACUCUGAAUAGGUUUGAUUUUAGCAAAUUAUAUUAAAUUCCUGGCUGGAUCAAACUUAGGAUCUUGACACUCGUUAAAAUUUCUCUUUGAUAUACAA